CAAACGAAUUGGCGUCUCAGUGUAUUAAAGUGACUAGAACUUUAAACAGUAGCGAGAUAAUUUAACGCUUAGACUUAGACUUACUACAGGUAGUGACAAUAAGCAUGAAACUGUACGCACUAAGCGGCGAUCCCGCGAAACCAUGCUACGUGCUUAGCUUCAAAGACUUGUUGAUCAUGCUUGAUUGUGGUCUCUCGGUUAGUUCCGUUCUUAACUUUCUUCCUUUGCCACUAGUACACAGUGCCAAAUUCCAUGCAAUGCCUAACUGGAACUGUCGAGAUCCUGACAUUCAACUAGAUGAUGGAGAGAUUAAGGAAUGUUGCGGCUGUGCUUUCGUCAAUUCUGCUCCGGAGUUCAUUCCCCCAUUGGACAAAAUAGUAAAUUUCUCCGAAAUCGAUAUAAUUCUUAUAUCGAAUUACACGAAUAUGAUGGCACUACCCUUUAUAACCGAAGGAACCGGUUUUACUGGAACUGUGUACGCUACGGAACCAACGCUGCAGAUUGGAAGGUUCUUUCUCGAAGAGCUGGUCGAAUAUAUCGAGGCGUCUCCUAAAGAAACUAUCGCUAGUACAUGGAAAGACAUUCAGCACCUGUUGCCACCUCCUCUGAAUGACGUACUUAAACCGAAAAAUUGGAAACAUUUAUUUAGCAUGGAUGCUGUCAAUAAGAGUUUAGCGCGCGUUCAAAUGACAGGAUACGAUCAGAAGUUGGACAUCUUCGGUGCCCUGCAGGUGACGCCGGUUAGUUCUGGAUUCUGUCUAGGAUCAAGCAAUUGGAUAAUCGCCUCGGGCCAAGAGAAAAUUUCUUACAUCAGUGGUUCGUCUACGCUAACUACUCAUCCGAGACCGAUCAAUCAGGCUGCACUGAAGUAUUCAGAUGUUGUAAUCAUGACGGGAUUGACGCAAGCUCCUCAUGUUAACCCUGACGGUAUGUUAGGAGAGCUGUGUAUGAACGUUGUUAUGACUUUAAGGAACGGCGGCUCAGUAUUAAUUCCUUGCUACCCUUCGGGAGUCGUUUAUGAUCUAUUCGAGUGCUUAUCCUCGAGUUUGGAUAACCAGGGAUUCUCACAAAUACCAAUGUUCUUCAUUUCUCCGGUCGCAGAUAGUUCCUUAGCUUAUUCAAACAUUCUGGCAGAAUGGCUUUCUACGUCGAAGCAGAACAAGGUUUAUAUUCCGGACGAACCAUUCCCCCACGCGAGUCUAGUGAAAAACGCAAAACUAAAGCACUUCAAACAUAUUUACUCAGAGGGUUUCAGCACAGAAUUUCGCCAACCGUGCGUUGUUUUCUGCGGUCACCCAAGCCUGCGUUUUGGAGACGCAGUUCAUUUUGUUGAGCUGUGGGGAUCCAAUCCUCAGCAUACAAUCAUUUUCACCGAGCCUGACUUCCCAUACCUGCAAGCACUUGCUCCCUAUCAGCCGUUGGCCAUCAAAACAGUUUACUGUCCAAUCGAAACGUCCCUCAAUUUCCAACAAGCAAACAAACUGAUCAAAGAAUUAAAACCUGGUGUUCUCGUUAUCCCGGACAACUAUACACAACCGCCAACGAUUGCACCUCACAAGCUGGAUCUUGUAAUCGAUCAAGUGCCAGAUAAAAUGAUUAUCAAAUUUAAACGCGGUGAAGUGAUAAAACUUCCUCUUAAACGGAAACGUUCCCGCAUCUAUCUGGAUCCUCAGAUAGCACGCUCUCUAGUUCCACACGAAGUACAGCCAGGAGUUACCAUCUCAACCGUUACCGGCGUUUUGCGUGUCAAGGAUAACAUUCAUGAUUUGCACCCUCUGGAACCCAGUCCGGAGGAAGCACUAGAAGAACAAAAAGCCGCCAAACUUCCCCACUUGCAACCUCCAACGCAACUUCGGUAUCGCAACGUUAAGUACGAAUGGGGCACGUUGGAUGUGAAUUUAUUCCUCAAAAAGCUAGCCCAGGAUGGCAUAACCGAUAUCAAGGUCGAGCAAGGUGGGGCGGAUGAUCUUACUCUUCACCUGCCCAGCGAAGAUACCAUGGUAAAGGUAAGUGAAAAGAGUACCAAUAUCGUGUGUGGCGGGAAGCAGAGUUUGCGACUGAAGUUACGCGAUUUGCUGCUGCAAUGUGUGCAAAAUUUCUGACUUAGUUUUACCGUAA